AUGUGCGGCAUCAGCGUGAUUGUAGCCCUCGAGGGUCACGACGGCGCCCAAAGGGAAAAGGUGGUGAAUAGUGAUGUGAGGUCCAAGAUUGUCAGGGAGCUGGACGAGAGCCUCGAGAUGAUUGCCCAUCGAGGGCCCGACUCUCGAGGCCAAUGGAUCAGCGAGGACGGUCGCGUCGCCCUUGGCCAUUGCCGUCUCGCCAUCAACGACCUGACGCCCGACGGGCACCAGCCCAUGCACGACGUCGAGGACGGUAUCCACGCCGUGGUCAACGGCGAGAUAUACGACUACGACCGCAUCCAGCACGGCCUCUGUCGGCAGUUUGGACACGAGUUCCAGGGCCACAGCGACUCAGAGCUCGUCAUCGCCCUGUACAAGUACCACGGCACCUCGUUCCUCGAGCAGCUCCGCGGCGAGUUUGCCCUGUGCCUGUACGACGCGAGGACGCAGCUGUUCGUGGCGGCGCGCGACCGGUACGGCAUCAAGCCCCUGUUCUGGACCAUUGUCGAGGGCCGCCUCUUGAUGGCUGCCGAAGCCAAGGCAUUCCUGCCGCUAGGCUGGAGGCCGCAGUGGGAUGUGCGGGCCCUCGUCGACGACAGCUGGCAGCUGGGGAGCCGCACCCUAUUCCGAGGCGUGCAAAAGGUCCAGCCAGGCCAAUACCUCGUGUGCAGCGCGUUUGGGCCUGUUGAAACGCGUGAGUACUGGGACAUGGAGUAUCCCGACAAGCACCGAGUAGACGGGCGCAGCGAGGAGGCCAUGGUAGCCGGGGUGCGUGAGAGGCUAGUGGAGGCGAUCCGGCUGCGUCUGCGGGCCGACGUGCCCGUGGGCAUCUACCUGUCCGGCGGCAUCGACUCGUCGGCGCUGGCGGGCAUCGUGGCCCACCUGGUGCGGGAGCGGGGAGAGAAGAUGGGUAGCAAGGAGGCGAGAGAGGGCAUCGCGUGCUUCAGCAUUGGCUUCGACAAGGCCAGCGGGCUCGACGAGUCUGACAUUGCCGAGCGCACGGCGGCGUGGUUGGGCGUGGAGCAUCACCAGCUGCUGGUGGGUGAGGAGGAGCUGGCGGGCGACCUGGAGGAGGCGACGUGGCACUGCGAGCACCACAACAUGAACCUCAACUUUGUCGGCAAAUUUGCCCUUUCGCGGCUGCCGCGGCGGCUGGGGUACCCGGUGGUGCUCACGGGCGAGGGCUCCGACGAGCAGUUUGCGGGCUAUCCCAUGUUUGUGCCCGACUUUCUGGCCGAGAGCGACGCCGCGAUGCCGGGGCUGGCCAUGGGCGACGAGGAGCGCGGGCGGCUGCACAGGGACGAGACGGCCCGGUUGGCGGCUACGCUGCGCGGCAGGGGCGCUACAGUCCACAGCCACAGCGGCGGCACGGACCAGGCGGCGGCGCGCGAGCUCGGCGGGCUGGCGACGGCGACGAUGGCGCUGGCCGGGGGCCUGUACCAGCCGCCCGCCGAGGUUUGGGCGCGGGGCGUGGCGCAGCCCAGGCCGCUGCCGGCGCUGGCCGUCGGGCUGUCGUGCCGCGCCAAGCAGCGCAUGCGGCAGGCCUGGCACCCGCUGCACUCGGGUCUCUACGCCUGGACAAAGUGCCACCUGGCCAACAGCAUCCUCAGCUGCCUCGGCGACCGCACCGAGAUGGCGCACUCGGUCGAGGCGCGCACGCCCUUUCUCGACCAUGGGCUGACCGAGUACGCCAACGGCCUCCCGCCCAGCGUCAAGCUGCGAUACGACGGCGCCGGCUUCGUCGACAAGUGGAUCCUGCGCGAGGCGGUCCGCCCCUUUGUCACGGCCGAGGUCUAUGCCCGCCGCAAGCACGCCUACACAGCCCCCGUCGUCUACCCUGUCCACGGCCCGCUGCAUCGCCUGUACCUGCGCCUGCUGACGAAGGACGGCGUCGACGCCCUCGGCUUCCUCGACUGGCACGCCGUGCGCGCGUUCCCCCAGCGGGCCUUUGUGGACGGCGACCUGGCGGCCAUGCGCAGCCUCAACUUGUGCUGCCAGUGGAUCAUCCUGGGCAAGCGCUUUGGCAUCGCGAGGGCCGACGUGGCAACCUCGGGGGACUCCCGAUAG